UAGUUGGAGAGCUUAUUCAUUUAAAUGUUUUCUGCUACGCAAAAAUAACAUUUACGUUAAGGAACUCUUCUUAAAUGCAUCGAUUUUUAAUGUUUUACCUAAUUGCAUCCAUACUUGGCUGUGUUGCAGCCUUAAAAGAUCCCAGCUGUGCUUUUGAGCUGUUUGGCCAAGGUGCUUGCAACACUUUGAUCACUCGAAUCGGCUAUUCACGUUGGGAAAACACGUGUACUUCAAAGAGAUUUGUUGCAUGCGACACCGAUGGAACAUCCUUUGAGAGCAUCAAGGAAUGCGAGGACAAAUGCAAAGAGUAGUAUUAUAGCAACGAAAUAAAAAUAAAACAGUAUAGAAAUGCCAAUAAGUCACA